AUGGUGGCGCGACUGACACGCUACCUGGCGGAGAGUGGUGUACUGCUGAACGCCGACCAGGCGCUGCGGCUGCGCGAGCUCUUCACGGUGCGGCUGGGACAGCGCUGGACCGGCGAGGCCACGCACGUGUCCAACAGGGGUCGCUGCGAGCACUGCGGCCUGGUGCUGCCCGAGGCGGUGCUGAGCGAGGCCGACUUCGCCGAGGUGCGCGACGCCCUGGACCGGCACGUGCUGAUCGGUGAGGACGUGUUCCAGACGUCCACGCCGCAGGAAGUGGAGCGCUUCCGCCGUUUCGUGGCGCGCACCGCCCCCUACGACGUCGUAGUGGACGGGCUCAACGUCAGUUUCGCCUGCUCCAAGAGAAAGGGGUCGCCGUUGUCACGCGCGCUCGUCCAGGUGGUCGAUCACUUCGCGGUUCGAGAGGGCAAGAAGGUCCUGGUGAUUGGCCGCUACCACAUGCAGGGGUGGAAGAAACAAGACAUGACGUAUGUCAAACGUCACGCCCUUCUCUUCACUGCAGACAACAUGUCGGCGGACGACGCCUUCCUGCUGUACGCCGUGAUGCACUCGCACCAGCGCACGCAGUUCGUGACGGGGGACUUCUUCCGGGACCACGCGGCCCGGCUGCCAGCCGCCAUCCGCUCCAAGUUCAACCGGCUGGUGCGCUCCAACCGGCUGGAGGUGGAGCACGUCACCAGCGCCGGCAACCUCAACAUCAAGGUGCCGAUUAUGCACGAGGUUCGGGCGCAGUGUGAUCCGGCCGGGGGCUGGCACGUGCCCUUCACGGAGGAGCCCCAGUCCAACACGAGCACGGCCACGCCUAGCCCCACGCAGCCGGUCACCAACAGAUGGCUCUGCCUUCGACCGGCCAGCUAACGGCGGCGGCCUCCCCGGGCCGGGCCCGGAUCCGAGACGCGCGUCUCUGCCGCUCAGUUCCCUCAGUCUCCAGCGGUGUCUUAGGCUGCCUGGACUUCGCAGGGAGCCAGCGGUGAAAUGUGCCGCCGGUGGCCGCAUUUGUACGCAGAAGACCAUGAGCGGUUUGGCAUGGACUGUGAGCUGCUUGCCUCAGCAGCAGCUCUCUGCAGCGUUCUGCGAGGGCACCAUUGCAGCUACAUUCUGAAUGUGCUGCUGGAGCUCUCCUGUGACUGGAGUGCACUGUUAGCUCAUGUUCCGGAAAUGCGAAUGGCCUGAUGGCCGGUGCACGUUUGAAAGUAGGCGGCCGACGCCCGGGUGGUUGUGCUGCCACCUAUUCCGAGCUCGGCCGCAUGGUAUCGGUAUGCGCCACGCUGGUCUGGGACGGUCACCCGACGGGCUUGCGAAGUGGUUUUUGCCGUAUGCUCGUUUUUGCGUGCUGUUCCCUUGUAACAAGAAUGUCGCGUGUGCCCAUGUUCAUGUAGCGGCGAGUGUCUUGCGGCUUUCAGACACCGACGUGAACCGUGAGUGGUGCUUUAAUAAGAAGAACACCAAUAUGCAUGCCGCAUGAUGUGUUUCUCAAGAAACAGGAAGUUUAGGCCGACUGAAUCUAGGACAAAUCUAAAAAAAGGUUAAACUGGGUAUGUAACACCCAUUGAUACCAUGCGCAUCAUUGGCUAUCGUGGCAAAUUAGAAACGAGUCCGUAGGUCGUCUGUCGAUUAGAAUAGCAAAAUAUGUAGGAAUGGCAGGUGUUAGGGUAGGUAAAGUAUUUAAGAAUGAUGGUAAAAAUUCUGAGGAAGAAGGGCUUUCAGUCUUAUUAGUAUUUCGACUUGCGAUCUAUCGCAUACCAUCGUAUCAUAUGGGCGGAUUGAUCGUGUUCAAAUGAACGAAGUAUUUAUGCCCAAUCACGGAUUUCUGUCAUGCGUGGGUAUAUGUUAUGGGCGCCAAAUGACCACUGCAGUCAAGGCGCCCCUAAACUCAAAUAAACA